CUGAAAUAAAUUCAGAGAGCUACAGGAGGACGAAGAACAAGUCGAGAACAAACAAAGCCCCAACAAGCUUCUCCGAUCAAAGCAAAUGGCUUGCAGAACAGCCUUGCGUUCCGCUAUGCUAAUAGAAGCGUGGCGUCCCGUUCAUCUCACUCGGAGCUCCGUUUCCGCCUCCUUCGGAACCCGAACUGGCUUCUCCUCUCCCCGCCUGACCCGACACUUCCGCUUCGCCAGACCACGUCACCUCAGUUCCUCCCACAACGAAAACCAACCCGCUCUCCCCGACGACGAACAGGGCCCACCUCAAGAAGCCAUUCUCAAAGCCAUUUCAGAGGUGUCUAGAACUGAAGGCAGAGUUGGGCAGACGACGAAUGUGGUGAUUGGAGGCACGGUGGCCGAUGAUUCCACCAAUGAAUGGCUCGACUUGGAUCAGAAGGUAAAUUCGUACCCAACUGUUAGAGGAUUCACAGCUAUAGGAACCGGAGGGGAUGAUUUUGUAGAAGCUAUGGUUGUUGCUGUGGAAUCCGUACUUCAACAACCUGUUCCUGAGGGUCGUGUGAAGCAGAAAUUAUCAUCAGGAGGCAAAUAUGUGUCUGUAAACAUUGGUCCUGUUCAAGUCAUUUCUAGUGAACAGGUCCAAGCCGUAUACAAUGCAAUGAGAAGAGAUGAUCGGAUGAAAUACUUUUUGUAGACUGAUGCAACUCCUCUUUGUGGGUAAUUUUGUACAGAGCACCAAUUUUCCAGCGCCUCUCUUGUCCCAUCCUAGUUUGCUUUGUUGCUUUGUGCUCUUUUGGAUUCUGGUUUGCGUGAGUUAGGCAUCUCUGUACCAGUGUGGUCUAAAUCCAAUCCAUCUGCUUGCUCAUCAUGUAUUUAAAUUGAAGUCUAAAUCAGAGGUAAUCUGUAUAAUUAACAUAGUCAUUUCUUUGAUAUUAGUUACUGAGUUCAAUAAAGGGCCAGAGGUGGGCUUGAUUGCCAAAUGCAUCAAUUUUUAA